AAGCAACUUCAAGAGCGAAUGGAAACGCUGGAGGAACAAGUUGCUAAGAGAACAGUUGAAUCCAUCAAAUUUGUGAAGAAAACCCAAUUUCAUGAAGAUGAUAGCCAUGGUUGCCAAUAUCCCGAGAUUGAAGCAAGGAUUUUGGACAAAGAUGUGCUGAUAAGAAUCCACUGCCAGACAAACAAAGGGUGCAUAUCAAGCAUCAUUAACGAAGUCGAAAAGCUUCAUUUGUCGGUUAUUAAUAGCAAUGUAUUCCCUUUUGGACAAGCUGCUCUUGAUAUAACCAUUGUUGCUCGGAUGGAAUCUGGGUUUUCGAUGACGUUAAAUGAUCUUGUGAAAACCCUACGACAGGGUUUGCUGAUGUUCAUGUGAUGAACUCGAGAAACCAUAUCAAAAUUUUACUUUUGUAUCUCCAGGCGUUCUCUAUUU